UGGAUGAUGUACUGGAUUGUGUUUGCCUUUUUCACCACUGCAGAAACACUCACAGACAUUGUUCUGUCUUGGUUUCCCUUUUAUUUCGAGCUGAAAAUCGCAUUUGUGAUUUGGCUGCUUUCCCCUUACACCAAGGGUUCCAGUGUCCUCUACAGGAAGUUUGUGCAUCCAACACUUUCCAAUAAGGAGAAGGAAAUCGAUGAAUACAUUACUCAGGCUCGUGACAAGAGCUAUGAAACCAUGAUGCGAGUUGGCAAGAGAGGGUUAAACCUUGCUGCCAAUGCAGCAGUUACUGCAGCUGCAAAGGGCCAGGGAGUUUUGUCUGAGAAGCUGCGAAGUUUCAGCAUGCAGGAUCUCACUCUGAUCCGAGAUGAAGAUACUGUGCACGUGCGAAGCCAUGAGCCACAGCUGCACCCCUCUACUGGGAGUCUUCUUGAAACCAUUGAGGAUUCAGCAUCCUGUUACUCCUCAGGAGAGGAGAGCAGUGUGGCACAGAGGUCUAAUGGAACCCCAUCCGAAAUUAGAACUGACCCGUCUGAUGAAGAUGCAGGAGACAAACUUCCUAAACGUACUCAGAGUCUCAAAACUCCUAAAAAGGUGACGAAAGCUGAGCUCCCAGGAAGAAGUGUGAAAGCCCGCCCUAAGAAGAAAGCUGCAGGCUCUCUAGCUUCUGUCGAGUCAUCCUAAGGAGACCUCCCCCUCUCCAGCACCUGUCUCUGUCCUGGGAUUCGCCUGUCACUUUUGAGGGGAAACUCCCCAAAGGAAGGGAAGCUGAGAUCCAUGUACAUAAAAGAUAACUGCUUUGUAGAGCUCAUUCCAAGGCAAGGGGGAGGCUGAGAUUCAGAAAUUGGAGUGGAGGAUACACAUCCUCAGGAAUUUUCUCCUCUUCCCCUCUCUGUUGGAGGGAAUGCCAGUAUGUCUGUACAUAGCCUGUUGCUUUGGAAUUCCUGCUGUAUAACCCUUGCUGGGGAGAAUCUGUACUGGAAGAACUGACUAGGGUUAGAGACAUCUAUUGCACAGAAGCUGG